UAGUUAAAUACACCCAAAAAGGUCAGAAGAACUUAUUGACUCAUUGGUCAGUGUAUUCAGGGCUCCUGUGUUUGGUGAAGAGAGUUACAGUGGAGGCAUGAUUGUCCAAUAGAGAGAAGGGGAGGUGUGAGAAGGUCAGAGGCAUUGGUUAUAUAACCAGAUUUUGCACAUAAGUUGGCAGAGCUGCAGCUCUGUGAAGAUCCCUGAAGAUGGACGUCCAGGUCAGACCAGAACUCUGCUUUCCACAGUUUUCCAACAGCUCCUGCAUCAAGCCUACUUCAUCACGGACUGAAGCCAUAAUCCUUCAAAUCAUGCUGUCCUCCAUUUCUCUCAUCACUGUGGUUCUCAACCUGCUCGUCAUCAUCUCAGUCUCUUACUUCAGGCAGCUCCACACACCCACUAACAUCCUCCUCCUCUCUCUGGCUGUCUCAGACUUUCUGGUGGGUCUCCUGUUGAUGCCAGGAGAAAUCAUUCGAAAAACAGCGUGCUGGUAUCUUGGCGACCUCAUGUGUGCUUUGUAUAAUUAUGUGUCCUACAUCAUUACCUCUGCCUCAGUAGGAGACAUGGUGCUCAUAUCAGUUGAUCGGUAUGUGGCCAUUUGUGACCCUCUACAUUAUUCAAGUAGAGUCACAGAAGGAAGAGUUAAAGUCUGUGUCUGUCUGUGUUGGCUGUGCUCUGCUCUCUACAGCAGUAUUAUCGUUAAGGGUGACCUGACUCAACCAGGUCUGCAUAAUUCCUGUUAUGGAGAAUGUUUAAUUGUUGUUGAAUAUAUUGCAGGAACUGUUGACCUUUUUAUAACCUUUCUUGCUCCGGUUUCUGUCAUUGUAGUUCUGUAUAUGAAAGUAUUUGUGGUGGCUGUGUCUCAGGCUCGUGCCAUGCACUCUCAUGUUACAUCUGUUCCACUCAACCUCUCACUAAGUAUAAUAAGGAAAUCUGAGCUGAAAGCAGCCAGGACCCUUGGUGUUCUGAUAAUUGUGUUUCUAUUAUGUUUUUGUCCAUAUUACAGCGUUUCCCUUGCAGGAGAUGAUUUGCUCAGUGGCUCAUAUGCAUCCUAUGUGUUUUUUCUAUUCUACUUAAACUCCAGUCUGAACCCUAUUAUUUAUGCAAUGUUCUACCCCUGGUUCAGAAAAGCAGUAAAAUUCAUUAUCACUCUUCAGAUUCUGCAAUCUGACUCCUGUGAGAUCAACAUAUAG